AUGGAAAACCCACUUGAACUCAAUCUGAGUGACUCGAAAGCCAUAGAAUCCAAACGAGGUAAAAAUUCAACGGUUUCCAGGAAAACUUUGAAAUCGUGCCGUUGGGUUACGGAGCAUAUUUGUUUCGAGAAGGUACCGGCGAUGGGAAUAAAAUUCCUCGAAUUCGUGAAGCCCUUUUGUGGCUUCGUGCCGGAGGUGUCGAAACCGGAACGAAAAAUUCAGUUCCGUGAAAAGAUGCUUUGGACAGCGAUAACUUUAUUCGUUUUCCUUGUCUGUUGUCAAAUACCCCUUUUUGGAAUAAUGUCAACUGAUAGUGCCGAUCCAUUCUACUGGCUUCGAGUAAUUUUGGCCUCUAACAGAGGUACACUUAUGGAGUUGGGUAUAUCACCGAUUGUUACAUCAGGACUUAUUAUGCAGUUACUAGCUGGUGCAAAAAUCAUUGAAGUGGGUGAUACCCCCAAGGAAAGAGCACUUUUCAAUGGAGCACAAAAAUUGUUUGGUAUGGUGAUAACUGUGGGACAAGCGAUCGUUUACGUGGCAUCUGGUCUGUAUGGUGAUCCGUCAGAAAUCGGUGCUGGAAUCUGUCUACUCAUCGUUAUACAGCUUGUUGUUGCUGGCUUGAUUGUUUUACUUCUGGAUGAAUUACUUCAGAAAGGUUAUGGCCUUGGCUCGGGUAUUUCGUUGUUCAUCGCAACGAAUAUCUGUGAAACGAUCGUCUGGAAAGCAUUUUCACCAGCCACCAUGAACACUGCGUUCUAUCGACCCAAUCUGCCCAACCUCAUGAAUUUGAUGGCCACUGUCCUUGUUUUCGCUGUUGUUAUCUACUUCCAGGGCUUCCGUGUGGAUUUGCCGAUCAAGAGUGCUCGUUAUCGUGGUCAGUACAGUUCGUAUCCGAUCAAACUCUUCUACACAUCAAACAUUCCUAUCAUUCUGCAAUCAGCUCUUGUCUCCAAUCUCUACGUCAUCUCUCAGAUGUUGGCCGCAAAGUUUGGUGGUAAUAUAUUGGUGAACCUGUUGGGCACAUGGUCGGAUGCUGGAGGUUAUCGUAGCUAUCCAACAGGAGGAAUUUGCUACUUUUUAUCUCCUCCAGAAACGUUGGCGCAUGUGAUGGAAGAUCCCAUACACUGUAUUAUUUACAUUGUUUUUAUGCUGGGAUCGUGUGCGUUCUUCUCAAAGACUUGGAUUGAUGUAUCCGGAAGUAGUGCAAAAGAUGUGGCAAAACAAUUGAAAGAACAACAGAUGGUAAUGCGCGGUCAUCGCGAGAAGUCGAUGAUCCACGAACUGAACCGUUACAUACCAACAGCAGCUGCAUUCGGCGGUCUUUGCAUUGGUGCACUUUCAGUCACGGCCGAUUUCAUGGGUGCAAUUGGCAGCGGAACAGGUAUUCUAUUGGCAGUGACGAUAAUUUAUCAGUAUUUCGAAAUAUUUGUUAAAGAGCAGCAGGAGAUGGGCGGUGUUGCGGGAAUGUUCUUCUGA